AUCUGGAAAGCACGCUGCAUGUAUCUCCAUAGAUACUUGACCCUGAUGUAGUUGUUUUGUAUGUUACAAUCCUUUUUCCAGAUAUUAUAGCUGCAUUUGCACCGGGAGAGCAGAGACCGUAAAAACCGUAAAUGUUGCGGUUUGUGACGCCGCUCAGCUUCGCUACAUUCGGAGCUGUUUUUUGUUCGUCAUCCGCAAAUGUUUCCUUCAAAUAUUUGAAGGAAACAUUUACAGCAGGAUUUAGGAGUAAGUGUGGCACAGAAGGUGCACAUAAAUGACUUUAUCAUAAUUUAUUCCUGACUUAGGUUGAUAUUUGGGCCGGGGUUACUCUCCACCUUCAGCAUGCUGACUCUGAGCGCCAGACGCUGCGUCCUGUCACAGCGUAAAUCUCCACUGAACAGCACCAGAGGACAUUGUGACACAGCACCGCCUGAUGUUUUGGACCGGGUCCGGACUUUACUGCAGCUCUGUGCGGACAGAUACUAUAUUUCUCCCGGAGAGAGCAACUCGGAGCUGUUCCGGAGAGGCUGGAGCUGCAGCUACGGACCUUUGGGCGUGGAGUUGAGGAGGAACCUGCUGCAGCAGUGGUGGCACUCGGUGACCGGGUCCAGGGCCUGGGUGUUCGGGGUGAAUACUGUGAGCAGCAGCCCGGACAGAGAAGCUGGAGGAGCCCGGGUUAUUGAAUCUGAACGUUUCCAGCAGAUACUGGAUCAGGCUGAGUUGAGCAGAGAGCAGCUGAUCCAGAAGCUGAACAGGCUCCUGCUGAGCUCUCCAUCUGUGAGAACAAGUUUACUUCAAGGUGCCUUGGAGCAGUUUGCGCCCUCUCUGGAGAUGGUGAACAAAAAGCUUCCUUUCGGCCUGGCUGAGUCCGGUCUGUGUUUCCAGCCUUCAGAUGGCUCUGGUUGCUCCGCUGAGGUCACCCAGACGUCUCUGGUUUGGUUUUGCUCUCCUCGCUCUUCUUCCCAGUGGCUGGAUCACUGGGCCCGCCACAGGCUGAAGUGGUGGAGGAAGUUCGCCUUGUCUCCCUCUGACUUCAGCAGCACUGAGGUGCCUGAAAACGAGCUUGAAGAGAAAACGUCUCGUGGGGUGAAGAUCUUGUACAAGUUUCCGUGGGGCCUCGAAUCCCUGGAGACGCUGGGGUGCCGAGGAGACGCAGAGCUGCUGCAGACGUAUAAGGGCAUCCGCACCAAACUGCAGACUCGAGAUGGUCGAAAGUCCAUUCCCCACGUUGUGUCUGUAAGCGGCAACAUGGACCGCGGCGCGAUGGCUUUCCUGUCCAACUCACUCCAGCAGCUCAGAACAGAAGACGGCAAAAAGAGGCUGCAGCAGAGAAAGGUUUUAAAGCUGCAUCCAGUGUUGGCUCCUGUCAAAGUGGCUCUAGACAUUGGCAAGGGAGCCACGGUGGAACUGAGGCAGGUGUGUGAAGGCCUUCUGCAGGAGUUUCUGGAAGCUAAGAUCUCUGCGUGGCCCGGAUAUCUUGAAGCUGUGCCAACAUCAUUAGAGCUUCUGAAUGCCAAAUAUGAUGAGAUGGGCGUUCUCUUCACUGUGGUGAUCGGUGAAAAGACUCUGGAGAGCGGCCUACUGCAAGUCCGCAGCAGAGACACAACCGUCAGAGAGACUAUGCACAUUUCAGAAAUUAGAAACUUUCUCUCUAAAUAUAUUUCUGCUGCUGACAAAUUCUGAAUGUGUGAAAAUCAUGAUGGACUUCCCUCUCAGCGAAUUAUUCAGUCCCAUAAGUAAAACUUUCACAACCAAACUGAGAGACUUUUUGGCUUUAAGUCCGGGACUCAUCUGAAAAGGCUAAAGAGACCAUUUGGAAGUAAAAGGUCCUUAACUUCCAGUCGAUGGUUAAUUUGUUAUCACAAAUAGGAUGAUCAAUGAACAGAUGACCAGUUAAAGUCAGAAAAUAUGCAGAAUAAUUAUUUCUCAGGGGAAAUUAUGACAUUUCAUGAACAUUGUUACAUUACAGAAUGCAGUAUGACCUGUUUUUCUUUUUUUUGUAUUCUCAAUAAAACCUCUUAGAAGG